UGGAGAUAGAGGUUUGAAUCCUGGGCGAUAAAAGCUUAGCGGUAUCUAAAACCUAAGUCAUCGCACAGCCAUAAUGGGUAGCUGUUCUUUCUUGACAUGGUUUCUUUGUUUUCUGGUUUUCAUGGCUACAAUCACAUCUCAAGCCAAAGCAGAUGUAACUUCACAAGACUUCCACUACUUCUGCGACUCCAACAAUGACAGGGGAAACUACACAACCAACGGCAUCUACAGCCAAAACCUCAACAGCGCUCUCGUCAUCGUCGCUCUCCAUGCCUCCAGAAACGGUUUCUUCAACGUCUCAAUCGGCAAGGGCACAAACAGAGCCAACGCCAUUGCCCAGUGCAGAGGUGACGUCACGCCAACAGAGUGCACCAAGUGCCUCGCCCAAACCAGAGCCAACCUCACCCGCGUUUGCAGCAACCGGAAGGAGGCCAUCGGCUGGUACGAGAACGAAAAGUGCAUGCUUCGCUACUCCGACCGCACUAUAACGGGCCUCGACGAAAUUGGGCCUGCUUACUUCGUGUGGAACCUCAACGACGCACCCAACGCCGACCAGUUCAAUCGAGUGGUGAAGAAGCUUCUGAACGGCCUCAGAGACACCGCGGCGUCGGCUACCAAGGGUCGGAAAUACGCGGUGUCGACUGCGACGGGCCCAGAUGAGCAAGUCAUAUAUGGGCUUGCGCAGUGCACCCCUGAUUUGAUUGGGCCUCAGUGCCUUGACUGCUUGGUCCAGUCCAUCGCUGAACUUCCACGGUGCUGUAAUAACAGGAUAGGUGCCAGAAUUAUUAGACCUAGCUGUUACGUAAGGUACGAAACUGAUUUCCUUUUCUUUGGGCCUCCGGCACCCGCCGCUUAACCCAACAGCUAUUUCGUUUAUGCGCCUCCAUCAUCGUCCACCGACAACACUUCUUCUUCACGCGGAAAGAGCAACACAGCAGGGACUAUCAUCGCCAUAGUAGUGCCAGUUGCUUGUGUUGUUUUGCUGCUCGCUCUUCUCUGCAUCUAUUUAAGCCUAAGGAAGCAAAGAAAAAAAAUUGAAUUUGAAAGAGAAGAAGAAAGUGAUGAAGAUGAAGUCGCAUUUACUGAGUCAUUGCAAUACAACUUCAACACCAUACGUGUUGCUACAAAUGAAUUCGCCGAUUCUAAUAAACUUGGACAGGGCGGGUUUGGAGCUGUUUACAAAGGUCAGCUUUCCAAUGGGCAAGAGAUUGCUGUCAAAAGAUUGUCAAGAGAUUCUGGGCAAGGGGAUUUGGAAUUUAAGAAUGAAGUGCAAUUAGUGGCCAAGCUUCAGCAUCGAAAUUUAGUUAGGCUACUUGGCUUCGGCCUGGAAGGAAGAGAAAGGCUACUUGUCUAUGAAUUUGUUCCUAAUAAAAGUCUUGAUUACUUCAUAUUUGAUCCAACCAUGAAACCUCAAUUGGACUGGCAAAUGCGCUACAAAAUCAUUAAAGGUAUUGCUCGAGGGAUUCUCUACCUUCACGAAGAUUCUAGACUACGGAAUAUACAUCGUGAUCUUAAAGCAAGUAAUAUUCUCUUGGACAGAGAGAUGAAUCCAAAGAUAGCAGAUUUUGGUAUGGCAAGACUAGUUUUAAUGGAUCAAACUCAAAUAAAUACGAGUAGAAUUGUUGGAACUUAUGGAUAUAUGGCACCAGAGUAUGCAAUGCAUGGACAGUUUUCAGCGAAAUCAGACAUCUUCAGUUUUGGUGUACUGAUUCUUGAGAUUGUAAGCGGCCAGAAAAACAGUGGAAUCAAUAAUGGAGAGAGCAUGGAGGAUUUGCUAAGCUUCGCUUGGAGAAGUUGGAAGGAGGGGAAGGCUAUAAAUAUUGUAGAUCCAUCACUCAAGAGCAAUUCACGGAAUGAAAUGCUGAGAUGCAUCCAUAUUGGUUUACUUUGUGUUCAACAAAAUUUAGUUGACAGACCAACCAUGGCUACCAUUGUACUGAUGCUUAAUAGCCAUUCUUUGAGUCUCUCUAUUCCUGCAGAACCUGCAUUUUUAUAUAACAGUAGAACUAGAAGCUUUCCAGGGAUGCAGUCAUGGGAGUAUAAUUUAAGGGAAAGAGGAUCAAGUGAACCGAUACUUAAAUCAGCUCAAGAAUCAGAAAAUGAACUUUCAAUUACUGAGCUACUCUCGCUAGAUGUUGUUCAUCAGAGUGGAUCUUUCAUCAUUCAUGUUUCUUCUCUUAAACCAAAGUACAAUGUAUUGGAAAGUCGAGUAAAAUGUGGGUGCAGUAUCUUGUUUAAAUAUGUAACCACACGUACUUUCUCUAAACCGAGACUCAAACCUGUGAGACUCAAAACCUGUUGAUAUUUUGAUAACUUUUUUUAAUACUUUUUUUAC